AUACACAUUGGUGUUAAACUAUUUCUACAUCUAUCUAAUCUUGGUUAAGUUUAUAUGGGUAAAAUAAGGUUGGGUCUAAGCUAUAUUACCAGGGUUCCAGUAAGAGCCAUAUGCUGUUUGCUGUUUUAAAAUAUAAGCCAAACUAUGCAUUGAACUGUGACUUUUUAAUCCUUGUUCGGUGUAUCAUGUUAACUUGCAUAAACAUAAAACAGAGAGUGAUGGUUUUGUUCUCUGAUUUUAUGGAAUAUGUGGAAAUGCAUCAUAUAGCCUGAUCCCACCAUAGAGAAAAUAGUUAGUAGAGCUAUGUACUUUCUUCAUUCUGAAACAGUGAAGGACAAAGGGAUGUCAGUUUCUACACUUAUUUGUCUUAUUAUAUUGAAUGUGUAAAUGAAUGUCUAAGAAGAGCCCUAAUGUUAUGCCCUAUAUAACUUCCUAAUGGUUUCCCCCACUCUUUCUCUCUCUUUUUCUUUAAUACAGAAUUGCCUGAGGAUGGUAAGACACACAAAUCCUUUAGCAUGUAUUGUCAAUGACAUAUACAUGAAAAAAAAAACAAAUUAAAAAAUUCAUGCAAAAGGAAAUUUUGUAAGUGUCUUUCAUAUCCCAGUGCAGAUCUUAAAAGUGUAGUUCACACAACAAAUUAAAUUCUGUCCUUUUUUCCUCACCCUCCUAAAAAAAAAAAAAAAAAAAAAACUUCCACAAAAGAAAGAGAGUCAUAAAGUUUGGAAAGACAGGAUGGUAAACAAAUGAUGACAGAAUUUUUACUUUUGGGUGAACUAUCGGUUUAAGGAUCUGGGAAGGUUGAAAGGUGAGAGUCAAUAAUCAAUAGUUGUUUUGUUUUUGUUUUGUAAUUAUGGGUAUAGGUUUGCUAGAUGGUGCUAAAUGUUUUAGGGAAGAUUUACCCCAGGCUGCUAACACAUCAAUAUGAACAAACAUGUCCCAGGAGAAGAGCCUCAGAUGUCUGAAAUAAGUGGCCUGUUUGUGGAGAAACCUCAGAGUGCCACUGUCAAUAAAGGGAAAAAUGUCACAUUUGUGGCAAAGGUGGACUCCUCUCAGUUGCUAAGGAAGCCAGCAAUGAAGUGGCUGAAGGGGAAAUGGCUGGAUCUUGGCAGCAAGGCUGGAAAACACAUACAGUUCAAAGAAACCUACGAUAGGAACACUAAAAUAUACACCUAUGAGAUGACCAUUGUUAAGGCUGUGGAUGGGGAUGCUGGAGGUUAUCGUUGUGAGGUCACAUCUAAAGACAAGUGUGACAGCUGCACAUUCGAAAUCACCGUUGAAGCUGCUGAAGAGACGACACAAACAAACAUUUUGGAGGCAUUCAAACGAUCGGGAGACGCAGGAGAGGAUGCAGGUGAUCUGGACUUCAGUGGUUUACUCAAAAAAAGAGAGAAGAAGCAAAAGGAGGAGCCUGAGAUAGAUGUGGAUGUCUGGGAGAUCCUGAAAAAUGCCAAACCAUGUGACUUUGAGAAGAUCGCCUUUGAAUACGGCAUCACUGAUCUCAGAGGCAUGCUCAAAAGACUUAAGAAGAUGAGGAAGGUGGAGCCCAAAAAGAGUGAUGCUUUCCUAAAGAAGAUGGAGCCUGCUUACUCUGUGGAAAAAGGAAAGAAAAUAGUGCUUAGUGUUGAUCUCUCUGACCCCAACGCUCAAGUCAAAUGGCUGAAAAAUGGACAGGAGAUCAAACCUUCAGCCAAAUAUGUCUUUGAGAGUGUGGGUAGUAUCCGCAAGCUCACUAUUAACAAGUGCACCCUUGCUGAUGAUGCAGCAUAUGAAUGUGUCGUUGGAGAGGAGAAGAGUUUCACUGAGGUCUUUGUUCAAGAACCCCCUGUCACCAUCACUAAGAUGUUGGAUGACAUCCAUGUAGUGGUUGGGGAGAAGGUAGAGUUUGAGGUUGAAGUGUCCGAAGAAUCAGCUAAUGUGAAAUGGAUGAAGGAUGGAGUGGAACUGAGCCGAGAUGGAAAGUAUCGCUUUAAGAAAGAUGGGACAAAGCACUGGCUCAUCAUCAAUGAGGCAACCACAGAAGACAUAGGAACAUACCAUGUGUUCACUAGCGGAGGGGAGUCCAAGGGAGAGCUGGAUGUGGAAGAGAAGGAACUGGAGGUAUUGCAGAGUAUAGCUGAUCUGACAGUGAAGGCAGCAGACCAGGCUGUCUUCAAGUGUGAAGUGUCUGAUGAGAAAGUGACUGGAAAGUGGUACAAGGAUGGGGUGGAGGUCAUUCCCAGUGACCGCAUCAAAAUGACACACAUCGGCAGGACUCACAAGCUGUUGAUAGAUGAGGUGAAGCCUGAGGAUGCAGGAGAUUACACCUUCGUACCAGAUGGAUAUGCUCUUUCCCUUUCAGCCAAACUCAACUUUUUGGAGAUCAAGAUUGAUUAUGUUCCUCGUCAAGAACCACCCAAAAUCCACCUGGACACUACUGGCAGCAUGGCCAACAAAAACACCAUUAUCGUCGUAGCAGGAAACAAGCUCCGGUUUGAUGUUGACAUUUCAGGGGAGCCCCCUCCCACUGUCUGCUGGAAAAAAGGAGAUACUGAGAUCUCUGAGGCUGAAGGCCGUGUGCGAGUGGAGACCAGGAAGAACCUAAGCUGCUUUGUGAUUGAAGGGGCAGAGAGAUCCGAUGAAGGCCUUUAUCAUAUCACUGUAAUCAACCCAGCAGGAGAGGACAAGGCUGAUAUCAUGGUUAAGAUAGUUGAUGUGCCUGAUCCACCUGAGAAUGUGAAAUGCACUGGAGUGGGUGAGGACACUGCUGAUAUCAAGUGGGAUCCACCCAAAUUUGAUGGUGGAGUUCCAGUGAAAGGUUACCUAAUGGAGAGGAAGAAAAAGGGCUCUUCCAGAUGGACAAAGCUGAACUUUGACAUUCACGAGUCCACAACAUAUGAGGCUAAGAAGAUGAUUGAGGGUGUGCUAUAUGAGAUGAGGGUGUUUGCGGUUAAUGGCAUUGGGAUCUCCCAGCCCAGCGCCAAUUCCAAACCUUUCAUGCCCAUUGCUCCAACUAGUGAACCAACACGACUGUUGGUGGAUGACGUUACUGAUAGUACCUGUGCUUUAAAGUGGCUUCCCCCUGAGAGGAUUGGAGCUGGUGGCAUUGACGGGUACAUCAUUGAAUAUUGCAUUGAGGGAGCCACUGAGUGGGUGCAGGCAAAUGAGACUCCUGUUGAGAAGAAUAGUUACAGGGUCAGAGGGCUGCCUGUUGGAGAGAAGAUGCUGUUCAGGGUGACAGCUGUGAACAUCGCUGGCCGUAGCCCUCCAGCUGUGUUGGCGCAAGCUGUCACCAUUCAGGAGAUUGUUGAGCGUCCUAAAAUCCGCCUCCCUCGGCAGCUUAGGACUAAGUACAUCAAACAAGUGGGUGAGAAGGUCAACCUUGUCAUUCCCUUCCAGGGCAAACCACGUCCAACCGUGACCUGGUUCAAGGAUGGCGGACCUCUUGACACAGGGCUGGUGAAUAUCCGCACAAGUGGUGUCGACACCAUCCUGUUUAUCAGGCAGGCGGUCAGAGAGCACUCCGGCCAGUACACCCUCUCCGUGCAGAUUGAGAACAUGGAGGAGAAAGCCACCAUUGAAAUCCAGAUUGUUGACAAGCCUGGGCCACCGAUGGCUGUCACUGUAACGGAUGUUUGGGGUUUCAAUGCUGCUUUGGAAUGGAAGCCUCCAAAAGACAAUGGCAAUGCGGAGAUCACUGGCUAUACCAUUCAAAAGGCUGACAUGAAAACCAAGGAGUGGUUCACGGUUAUUGAACACAAUCGUAGACCUAGUUGCACCGUGUCUGAUCUGGUGAUGGGGAAUGAGUACUCCUUCCGUGUGUUCAGUGAGAACAUCUGUGGCAUGAGCGAUGAUGCCGGCGUCAGCAAAAACACAGCUGUCAUCUGCAAAACAGGUCUUACUAAUAAAGCACAACCCUACAAGGAAAAAGAUAUGGCCAGCUCUCCUAAAUUCAUCACACCUCUUGUGGACAGGUCUGUCGUCGCAGGUUACAGCGCUGCCAUCAGCUGUGCUGUCCGUGGGUACCCGAAACCAAAGAUUAUAUGGAUGAAAAAUAGGAUGAUUAUUGGAGAGGAUCCAAAGUUUCUCAUGCAGAAUAAUCAGGGUGUGCUGACUUUAAACAUCCGUAAACCCAGCUCGUUUGAUGGAGGGAAGUAUACAUGUAGAGCUAUCAAUGACCUAGGAACAGAUGAAGUGGAGUGCAAACUGGAAGUUCGAGCUGUAACAGAAAAUGUGGGGGUGAAGAAGUGAACGCACAAGCAUGAAGAUACCCUAAAGAUGACUGCAAAAGAGGGAUAUGGACACCAUGAGAGUGUCAAAAAGCAAUACAAAUUUGAAUUAAAAUUAGAACAAAAUUGUGACAAUGCUGUCCUUUCUCUGCCUUUUUAAUUUUGACUAACAAAAAGUACUGUGAUGGUACUCGGAUAUCCCUUACUCAUUUCCUUGGUAUUUACAUGGCACUUAAAAGAAACACCAAACAACUCCCUGUACUGUUUUGUGUUAGUGUAAUCAGACUAAUAUGUGUGAUAAACUAGUUUUUUUCCCCUUGCCCGAGUAUGCUUUUUCUCUAUGUCAAGUUAAAUUGCUUGAAAUAAAAGUACAUGAAAACAA